CCUUCACGCUCUGCUUCCUUCUCCCUCAGCUGAAUGCAUCAGCUCCCAGCCUGAAGAAGAAGCAGAUCUGGACUCUGGAGCAGGACCCUCAGGACCCCCAGGUGGUCUACCUGCGCAGCCACCUGGGCCGCUACCUUGCCUCCGACAAGGACGGCAGGGUGACCUGCGAGGCCGACGGGCAGCACGCAGACUGCCGCUUCCUCAUCGUGGCUCAGUCCAACGGCAGCUGGGCCCUGCAGUCCGAGCCGCACCUGCGCUUCUUCGGAGGGUCUCGAGACCACCUGUCCUGCUUCGCCCAGCUCAUCACAGACGCCGAGCUGUGGGCCGUUCACCUGGCGCUACACCCCCAGGCCAACCUGCUGUCCGUGGCCCGAAAGCGGUACGCCCACCUCUCCAUGGAGGACGGGGAGAUCGCCGUGGAUAUGAACAUCCCCUGGGGGGUGGCGGCGCUCCUCACCCUGGUGUACCAGGAGGGAAAGUACUGCCUAAAGACCUGCGACAGCCGCUUCCUCAGCAACGAUGGGAAGCUGGUGACGCAGAGCGGGAGGGCGACUGCGUACACGCUGGAGCUGAAGUGUGGGAAGCUGGCCUUUAAAGACUGUGAGGGGAAGUAUCUGUCCCCCAUGGGGCCCACGGGCACCCUGAGGUCCGGACGCUGCUCCAAGCCGGGCAAAGAUGAACUGUUUGACCUGGAGGAGAGCCACCCACAGGUGGUCCUGACCGCCGCCAAUGGGCGAUAUGUCUCCAUAAGACAAG